AUGACGACAGAUUCGAAAGUACCAGUCAUGUCUGCAGCGACAAGGAGCAUUCUGGCCAAGGUCCAGCGCAUGGUCCCGCCGAUGCUGGACAAGUUUCACAAGGGACAGCUAGGACGCGUGGCCGUCAUCGGGGGCAGCGAGGAUUACACGGGCGCGCCGUACUUUUCGGCCAUGGCCAGCGCCAGGCUGGGCUGCGACAUGUCUCACGUUAUCUGCACGCCUGGAGCCGCGGCGGUCAUCAAGACGUACUCGCCCAACCUCAUGGUCCACCCUCUCAUGCGGCAGUCUUCUUCCGAAAAGAGCAGUGAGCAGCAGCAGCAGAAAGGCUCGGACUCGGACGCGGAGCACGUCGCCGCGCGCAUCGUCGAGGAGAUGCUGCCGCGGCUGCACGUCCUCGUCGUGGGACCCGGACUGGGCCGCGAUCCCCUCAUGCAGGCGACCGUCGCGCGCGUCGUCCGGGCGGCCCGCGAGCGGGAGAUGCCCCUCGUGCUGGACGCCGACGCGCUGCAGCUCGUGCAGCAGGACCCGGGCCUCGUCAGGGGGUACGCCGGCGCGGUGCUGACGCCCAACGUGGUUGAGUUCAAGCGCCUGUGGGAGUCGCUCGGGCUCGACGACCCGGGCGACGGUGCCGGUGAGACGGGCAAGGUCGAGGCCCUGGCAAAGGCGUUGGGCGGCGUCACCAUCAUACAAAAGGGCGGAAGCGACUUCAUCUCCAACGGGAAGACGACGCUGACGGACGACUUGACGGGUGGCAAGAAGAGGAGCGGUGGGCAGGGCGACACGCUCACGGGCUCGGUGGCCACGUUUCUCGCCUGGAGAAAGGCCUACAUGGAUCGACUCUGGGACGUGGGUGACGAGCCGCUCUCGGCGGACGAGAUGAUGGGGCUCGCGGCCUUUGGGGGAAGCGCGGUCACAAGGGAGUGUUCGCGGCUGGCGUUUCUCAAAAAGGGCCGGAGUCUCCAGGCGAGCGACCUGACGGACGAGGUCCACGGCGCCUUCAUGGCGCUGUUUGGGGAGGUGGACGGUGAGGAGGCAGGCGGUAGGGAGUCGGACUCCAAGUUGUAG